AAAGCUGGGGGCAGCAGAGGUGUGGACGUCUCGGCAGGCCCUGCAGGACCUCUACCAGAAAAUGCUGGUGACUGACCUGGAGUACGCUCUGGACAAGAAGGUGGAGCAAGACCUGUGGAAUCAUGCUUUUAAGAACCAGAUCACCACCCUGCAGAGCCAGGCCAAGAACCGAGCCAACCCCAACCGCAGUGAGGUCCAGGCCAACCUGUCGCUGUUUCUGGAGGCAGCAAGUGGCUUCUACACACAGUUACUGCAGGAGCUGUGCACUGUCUUUAACGUGGACCUGCCGUGUCGCGUCAAAUCGUCUCAGCUCGGCAUCAUCAGCAAUAAACAGAGCAACACCAGCGCCAUCGUCAGCCCGCAGCCCAGCUCCUGCUCCUACAUCUGCCAGCACUGCCUCGUCCACCUCGGAGACAUCGCGCGUUACCGUAACCAGACCAGCCAGGCGGAGUCAUACUACCGACACGCAGCUCAGCUGGUUCCAUCAAACGGUCAGCCCUACAACCAGCUCGCCAUCCUGGCCUCUUCUAAAGGAGACCACCUCACCACCAUCUUCUACUACUGCCGCAGCAUCGCGGUCAAGUUCCCCUUCCCAGCAGCCUCCACCAACCUGCAGAAGGCCCUGUCCAAGGCCCUGGAGAGUCGUGACGAGGUGAAAACCAAGUGGAGUGUGUCAGAUUUCAUCAAGGCCUUCAUCAAGUUUCACGGUCAUGUCUACCUGAGUAAGAGUCUGGACAAACUCGACGCGCUGAGGGAGAAACUGGAGGAGCAGUUUCAGAGGCUGAUCCUGCAGAAAGCCUUCAGUUCUCAGCAGCUGGUCCACAUCACAGUCAUCAACCUGUUUGAGCUCCACCACCUCAGAGACCUGACAUGUGACGGUGGCGAGCAGGCCUACAGCAGCGAGCAGCAGAUCAGCUGGUUCCAGCUGCUCGGACUCUUCAUGUCCUUCCUGGGUGUCAUGUGCAGCCGUGUUCUGCUCAACAAGACCAGGGGGGAGGACAUCAUGGGGGAGUGUCCUCUGCCGGCCAUCAAAGUUUCCCUGGACUGGCUCAAACUGAGACCCAGCGUCUUCCACGAGGCCGCGGUCGACAAGAGGCAGCAUGUUUGGCCCUGGCUCGUCUCCAUCCUCAACAGUUUCCAGCCCAAAGAGGACGACGUGUCCCGUCCCUCAGUCACACCCCUGCCAGAGGAGUUUGAGCUGCAGGGUUUCUUGGCUCUCCGGCCGGCUCUGAGGUCUCUGGACUUCACCAAAGGUCAUCAGGGAAUCCUGGUGGACAGAGACGGCCCGCCAGUCCACACUCGACACCAGAGACUCAUCAGUCUGGGUAAAUGGGUGGCAGACAACCAGCCAGGGCUCAUUCAGUGCAGAGUGAGUGAGGAAGGUCUCCUCCUUUUCAUCACCGACAUUCCAGAGCAGGCCAUCGAGGAGCCGCAGGAGAGGGAGGCUCCAGUGCUGCAGGAGUCGUCAAACGGCGAACAGAUGUCUAACGACGGCGGAAUCUCCAGCCUGAAGUCGGUGCUGUCGGCAGGGAAGACGCAGAGCUCGUGGCCUGACGGGAGUGACAGACCCGUCGUCACUUUCAAGGAGAACAUCAAACCCCGAGAGCAGAGCCGCGAAAUGAUGCGGAACCAUCAUCAGAAGGACGGCGGCAAAGAGCGCAGAGACUUCGGUAAAGGCAACGGGGCUGCUGGGAAAGGAGAGCUAAAGAGGGACGGGAAGAGGAAGAGCGAGCUGAAGAAAACCGGCCACGAGAAAACGACUGAUGCUGUAAAACAGGUAAAGGCUCAGACUGAGCUGAGGAAGACUCCUGUGUCUGAGGUGAAGAAGACUCCUGUCACUCAAACUCAAACCAGCUGCUCCUCCCAGUUCAUCCCCAUCCAUCAUCCUGGAGCCUUCCCCCCCCUGCCUAGCAGACCCGGUUUCCCACCCUCAGCCUAUGUGAUCCCUCCUCCGGUGGCAUUCCCAGGGCUCCAGGUGAAUCCAGGCUUCACCUUCUCCACCGGCGUGUCCGUCCCCGGAACGUUCCUCCAGCCAGCUGCUCACACUCAGGCUGGCACACAGGGUCAGGCCGGAAAGCAGUCCCACAUUCCGUACAGUCAGCAGAGGCCCUCUGGUCCAGGGCCGGGUCAGGGCCCUGGGUCCAUGAACCAGAGCGCCUCUCAGGGUCAGCAGCCCCUGCCCCAGCCGCCCUCCCAGCAGGCUUUGCAACAGUCGGUCCAGCUGCAAGUACAGGCGAUGAGCCAGCAGCAGCAAUCUCCUACCAGACCGGUCCAGCAGGUCGGGAUCGGGAAGAGUCCACCUCACCUCCCAGGACUUCAACAGUACAUGCAGGUCCAGGACCAGCCGGCUCAGAUGUGGAACCAGGCACAGGCGGCCCUUCAGAAGAUGAAUCCCAUGCAGAUGUCCAUGAAGCAGCAGCCGUCACAGACCUUCUACAUGGCGUCUCCAGAUCCUCUCAAACUGUACGAGCACCAACUGCAGACGCAGCCACAGCUGACCAACAUGGACAAGAAGAUCAAGUUCCCUGAUGCCAAGAUGCAGGACUUCUACUGGGAGCCGUCCUACAGGAUGGGGGACGGUCUGGCUGUGAUGGCAGACAGGAUGAAGAGGCCCCCACCGGGUGGUAUCUGCUCAGAGCAGGACGGCUCCAGCGGGCCCCGGGGGCCCCCAUUUGAGGACAACAAGAGCUCGCCUCUCCUGCCUCCUGACCUGUUAAAAACUCUAGCAGAUUUUGAGGAGGAGGAGGAGCUCGUCUUUUCUAAGCCUCCUGAUUUCUUCCAGGCCUUGGCUGCUCCUCUUAGUUCUGCUCCUGGACCAAACAUGUUUCUGUCCAACCAGACCAGGAUGGAGAGUGGCCCCGAGGUCAUCAGCCAAUCAUCUUCUCUUCUGCCCAUCUCUGGUUUCCCCAUGCAGGAGUACAACCAGAACAGCAUCUUCAGUCAGGCGUACGGCAAGACCCUGCCGCCCAGCUCCAAGCCUGACGCUCCCAUGAUGCACCAGGAGCCGUCCCUCUACUCCCUGUUUGAAGGGACUCCGUGGUCCCCCUCCCUCCCUGCCAGCUCAGACCACUCCACCCCGGCCAGCCAAUCCCCUCACUCCUCCAACCCCAGCAGCCUGCCGUCCUCCCCCCCAACACACAACCACGGAGCCAUGCCCUUCUCU